AUGCCCGGUUGUCGAGGUCCUCUACGCAUUUUUGAAAGGUAUUACAAGGUAUCGUUGGAGGCGCGAAGGGAUGUAUGGUCGUUGCGACCAGGCCAGUGGGAAAAAAAAACACAACGGACAUUGGGAGGUAUGCGAACGGAGGGACGUCGCCGGGUUGUUGCAUCCCAAAAAAUGGAUGGACGGUGUCGUUUCUGGAAGAAGAAGAAUAGCAAGCCAAAAGGCUAUUUCAAAUCCCAGGAUUCUGGUGUCUCUGGGACGGGUCUUGUGGACUAUAGGCACGUGUACUGGAAGGAGUGUGGCAUUUAA